AUGGACUGGGCAAAUGCAAGGCUUCAACCUGUCAUGAAUCAUUCAAUCUUACAGACAUUGUCAAGUGAUGAUGAUCAAUUAGAUGCAAUCAAAGCCAUCCUCCACAACCACUUUAUCAAGCUAUCAUCCCUACAGUUGCACUGGAACACCAAGUUGGUUUCCCUUGUAUCUGCUUCAGGGCCUUAUGAAAAUGAUAACGAACUAAUAAAUGAUUGGAACAAUAAACUUGUGCGCCUAACAAUUCUAAAAGCAAGUGGACACUUAUCAAUGGUUGCUGGUGAUUUCAACAAUGCCAUCAGCAACACCUUGGACAAUGUCGAUGAAGCAGCUCUCCAAAACUUCCUUACCCAAGAUUUCAACGGUGGUGCUGCUCCUACUAAUUCUCAGGAUGGACAACAUGACAAGGAUGAAAACAAUGAACUUCUAGCCCCAAAUGCGGAUCAAUUUGAGCUUUCUCUAGAGCAAGAGGCUCUGACAAAUGCCCUGGCAAACGAGAUCUGA